UUCAUAUAAAAUACUUUAAAAUGGCAUCACGAUUUAGUGGUGCUUUACAAAUUACAAAUUUAGAUGAUUUCAUUACUCCAUCACAGGAAUGUAUAAAGCCAGUUGAAAUCAAAACGUCUAAAAGCAAAACAGGUGCGAAAAUAAAAAUUGAAGAAGAUGGAGCGUACUAUUCAUUAAAAGAGAAUAAUAUCCCGGAAAGAUUAGAAAAAGUUGAAAUUACAUUAGCUGAUUGUUUAGCAUGUAGUGGAUGCAUUACUUCUGCUGAAAGCGUGUUAGUUUCGCAACAAUGUCCUGAGGAUCUUUUAAAAAUUUUUCAAGAAAAAGUAAAGCAACAACAAAAUAAGAAAAAUGAGUGUUCAAUGUUUAUAGUAGUAAGUUUAUCUGUUCAACCAAUAUUAUCCAUGGCACAACGUUAUGAAUUAAAACCAGAACAAGCUUUACACAAGCUUGCUGGAUAUUUUUACAAGUUAGGAGCAGAUGUAGUUUUAGAUAUGAGUAUCGCCGAUGAUUUUGCACUUCUGGAGUCUGCUAAAGAGUUUGUUGAACGUUAUAAAGUUGCAGAAGAAGGUACUAAAAAGCAAUUACCAAUGUUAGCAUCUUCAUGCCCAGGCUGGGUAUGUUAUGCUGAGAAGACCCAUGGUAAUUUUAUUUUACCAUAUAUAAGUAUAACCAAAUCACCGCAGCAAAUUAUGGGAUCAUUAGUUAAGUAUCAUUUAGCUGAAAAUAUGGGUCUUUCGCCAGAAGAAGUAUAUCAUGUUACUGUUAUGCCUUGUUAUGAUAAAAAAUUAGAAGCGUCUCGUGAAGAUUUUUAUAAUCAUCAAAAGAAUAGUAGAGAUGUGGAUUGUGUUAUUACAUCAAUCGAACUGGAACAAAUGCUAAAUGAAAGUCAUUUAACUUUAAAUGAUAUCGAAGAUGGAGAAAUUAAAAAACCUUUUGGAUUAUGUAAUGAUAAAAUAGAUAAUGAUUUAUUGAGUCAUAAAGGAUCUGGAUCUGGUGGUUAUGCUGAUUUCAUUUUUCAUUAUGCUGCAAAGCAUUUGUUUGAUGAAAAUAAUGCAACAUUAGAAUUUAAAAAUUUAAGAAAUCCUGAUUUUCAAGAAGCAGUAUUAGAAAAAGAUGGAAAAGUAUUAUUAAAAUUUGCAAUAGCGAAUGGAUUUAGGAAUAUACAAAAUCUUGUCCAAAAAUUAAAAAGAGGAAAAUGUUCUUAUGAUUAUGUGGAAAUUAUGGCAUGUCCCUGUGGAUGUUUAAAUGGUGGGGCACAAAUAAGGCCUCAAGAUAAUAUUCAACCUCGGGAACUUGCAUUAAAGCUUGAAGCUAUGUAUCAUGAUCUACCAAUUAGUACACCCGAAGAAAAUCUAGCUGUACAUAAAUUAUAUGAAAAAUGGUUGAGUGGAGAAAAUAUAGAUAAACCUGCAGCUUAUCUUCAUACACAAUAUCAUGAAAUAGAAAAAAUUAAUACAGCUCUAUCGAUUAAGUGGUAAAAUAUAUAUUAUUGUAAAAAUGAAUUUUGUAAGUAUCUAUCUACAGGGUAUUUCACCUAAAUAGGAUCAUUUAAAUAUCUCCUUUCCUUACAAUUAUAUGAACAAAUUUUAAAGAAAAAAGUUAUACUAAUAUUAAUAUAAAAUAAUGUUCUUAUUAACUAUAGAUUUAUCAUAAUAUCUGUAUUUGUAUGUAUAUAAAAAGUUGCAGGAAUAUGACUGUUUAUUGAUAUUACAUAAUAAUAAAAUCACAUUGUUUGAAGUGGA